AUGGGCACGACCCUCAGCCUGCAGCAGGCCGACAUGCUGGCAUCAAUCAUCAUAAACGUGGCAUUCCUCGCAGGCGCGACCAUCGGCUGCCUCCUCAUCGACCGCGCCGGCCGGCGGCCGCUGUUCAUGGCCGGCUGCGGCGGCGUCGGCGCCGCGUUUUUGGCCGCGGCGGCGGUGGUGGUGCGGCUGGACUCCGCGACGAUCCGACAGGCCAACAGCGUGUCCUGGGCGGCGGGGGCGGUUUUCGCCCUCAUGUUUGUGCGCGGCCUCGGCUUUCUCUUCGUGGGCAUGGGCUCUGCAACUGUCUUCUUUGUGUACGUGACCGAGACCCACAGCCUGGCCACCAGGGCCAUGGGGACAGGCUUGUGCAUGGCUUUGAUGCUGGUGAUGCAGGGCAUCGCAAGCUUUGCCACCCUCCCCCUGCUCUGCUGGAACCCCCGCACAGUCAACCUGGUGAUGGGCUUUGCCUUCAUGUUCCUGGCCGUCCCGUUCGGCCACUUCUUCAUGAUAGAGACCACAGGCAUGCCACUGGAGUCGAUCCCUGACCAGUGGGCCGCCCACUGGUUCUGGGGCGCCUUCUUUGGCCGCGUCAUGCGGACGCCCCCGAAGCCGGCGGCGAGGGCGCUGCUGUGGUGCCUUGGACGGCGAGGGGCGCGGCGUGCGGGCGGCGCCGGCGGCAGGGGCGGCGGUGGGCCCGAGGCGCUGGCGGCGGGAAGCACAGUCGCGGAUGGCAGCGUGACAAAGCAGCUGGGUGUGGAAAUGCAGAUGUCGGAGGUUGAGCAGGCGGUCGUCGCGGCGGCGGCUGGCGCGGCCGCGGCUGCUGCGUGCGCCGCAGCGGCGGCGGGAGACGCGGGAUCGGCGGCGGUGGCGGCAGAGUCGGCAUGUGUCGAUUUCAGAGCAAUGGCGUCGGCGGCCGCCGCCUCGGCCGCGGGCGCCGCCGCUGCCGGGGACGCGGCCGCGGCAGCUGCAGCUGCCGCGGCGGCCACGGAUUUUGAUGCGACGGCGGCCGCGCUGGAGGCCGAUUUUGGGGUUGCUGCAGCUCUUGGAGGUGCGGAGGGCGGCUGCUUGGAAGCUGGGCAAGCAGGGCAUCACGAGCUUAUGACGAGGCAUAUUGAUUGA